GCCAACGUUACGGAAAUAGAUUUCGGCUGGUGGCGAUGCAACAGCUUCUUGUAGACGACGAGCAGUGCCGAACGGUCGGAAGCAGCCAGUACCGUGACGACCAGUUCCCGAGGAAAACCGGAGAAAUCGCCUCCGCGAGGUCCCACAUGAAUAACCCGGGAGCUGAAAAAUGGCGCCCGAUGGCCAUCUCGAACCCAUCGACCCGGUUGCGCAUGGCAAGGUCCAUGCCCCACUGGGUACUGGCGCAACAGCAGAAGGAUGCGGAGCAGAAGCAGCAACGCCAACCACCGACCCCACCGAAAGUCCCACCGCCAUCGCUCUCCGGAGACUGUGGUGACCCAGACUACGAGAUCAUCGAAUUUCCGACCCGACCGCAAGCACAGAAGUCCUCGACACCGGGCAUGACGUACAAGUGCGCCUUAUGUGGCACCGAGAACGUUUUCGCCCAUUGCGAUAUUUGCAAUGGGAAUUAUUGCGAAGCCUGCGAUGACAUGAACCACAAGCACCCAAAAAGAAAAAACCACGUACGAAGAAGAAUCUUGACCGAUCUAGCGACGAAAACGCGACCACCUCUACCGCCAAAAGGAGAAAAUGUAUCGUCUCCGCCGCCAAUCCCACCGCCAAGAAGAAAUCGCAAGAGCGCUCAGGCUAAAUCGACGCAAAACCAGGGAUCUACGAAUCUCUCCUUGAUCGAAAGAGUCGACAGCUUGAAGCGAGCUCUUCCAAACACCACCAGGCCACUGUCAGCCACCCUUGACACGAAAACAGUGUCGAAAUCCAUGCAGUCUGUAAAUACUAUCACCAACGAUGGAACAGGAUCAGGAUCAGGGACUGACAAAAUGUCUACGCUGCAGGAAAGGUACAGGAAAUAUCAGGAAGCAAUGAGAGCGCAGGAUGUUAACAGAAGGAGGCAUCCUCCCUCCGAUAUUUCGAGAGAUACAUUGAAUACAAGGCCACUGAGCGUAGGCAGCCCGAAACUUACACCUCCGGUACCACCGCCGCCGCCGCCUAGAUCUAUGAUGCAAUCGGCCAGUGUUUGCGAUUUAUCGUCGCCACACAUGUGGAGUCCAGGAAUGCAUCAGGCUCAAUCAAUGGCGCAUCUAGGUCCUGGAGGUAUUCCAAUAAUGUGGUACCCACCGAAUCCACCAUGGGACAUGACCAUGGGUGGUUCCACGAUGAGUCUAAAUCACCCAACAAUGUGGGGUUAUCCCAUGGGAUUCCCUCCGUCACAAAUGCUUCCACCACACUAUCCGGGUUCUAUAUCAAGAUCACAUAGCCCAGCAAGGAGCGUGAAAUCCAGCAGAAGAUCGAGAGCAGUCUCGCCAUCACCAAGUCUGAAAUCUAGGAAAUCAUUAGCAAGCAGAUCACGAUCGAGAAGAUCGCAGGGAUCACCGUCUGACGCUAGUUCUGAAGACUCUGGUGAAUCAGAUUUCGACGACAGGCUCUCUAAAAGUUCUAGGGGCACCAGACGUGGAAGUGUGUCUAGGAGUACAAGGCAAAGAAGCUACCACGAAGAUGAUGGGUCUAGAAAUUUGUUAAAUAGAAAUCGUCGCGAACGGCUAAUGUCAGAAGAAAGAAUGACCAGUACAGAAGAUCAGUGGUCCGAGAGUCACACUAUCAAACGAUAUCCAACAUCACCAAAGAACCAUGACGAAUUUCAAAAGAACACUUUAAAUUCACGACGACGAUAUGACCAAGACGAACGCAGGCUCUCCAAGCUGGAUUCGCGAUUAGAUCGCGUUCAAAACGGCAGCUACCGUCGUAGACAAAGCACCGACGAUGACUCUUCAGACAGAAGGUCCACGCUACAAACACGCUCUAGAGUAACCAGUUCCUCUGAGGAUCACUUCGACAAAUCAGAGAUGGUUCCUCGACGAAGGGACGACGAGAUGAUUCCAAGAAGAGCUUCCUCUGUGAGAAGAGAAGUAAGUUUGGACGAUCUCGAAAGAGCCUCUCGUAGAGAUUCUCGAAGGUCCUCUAUAGACAGUGACACACAAAUUACCAGAAGAACUCCUUCCAGAGAAGCCUCUAGAAGAAUCCAAGAAGUAGAAAGAAUUGAUAAUUCACGAUCCAUUAGGGAUGAAGACGAUGUACCACGUGCUACGAAGAAUCUACGAAGUCGUGAAGCUUCGCGUGAUAGAGAAAGUGUCUCAAGAAGAGAGUCUUCGUUGAGAAAAGAAAUGGAAGAAGCAGAGAGAAUUUCUGUUAGAAGAAUGUCGCCUCAUGAUUCUGAUAGUCAGAGUAUUAGAAAAACUCCAUCUCGUGAAUCGGUUUCUAGGAAGAUACGUGAAAAUGAGGAUCGAGACGUGACGCGAUCUGUGAAUAAGAAUCAAGAAGAAGCUCGGCGAUAUAUCGAGACAGAAAAUCGAGAAGUUAGACGAUUUAUUGAAGAAGAGAAAAGAAGGGAAGAAGCUUUAGUAAAGAAGAUGGAAAAUGAAAGAAGUAAACAUUUAGAAAGACCACCAUCGGUAGGCAAAGAAGAGAAGCAUGGAUCAACGAGUGUGGAUCAACGUAACAAGUCGCCGAAAAAUGUGAAACUGAAAGAGGAAACGAGUACCACGAUGGAAAUUCCUAACGAAGAAUGGGCAUGCGAGCAUUGUACUUUCAUAAACGAUUUAAAGGAUCGUGUCUGCGUAGUUUGUUGCAAAACGAGGAGCAGCGCGUUGCCACCAAGUAGCGAAGAAAAUCAAGAAGAUGUUCAAAGUGGUUUGAGUGAGAUUCCUAAAAAUGAAUUAGCGAUUACGUCCAGCAACAUUAGCAACCCUAGUCCUGAUCUGGAAAAGAGGACCAGCCUGUUAAAGAUUUCAAACAGCGAAGAGAGCGGGGAUAGUGGUUCCACAAAGAACAAAGAUUCCGCGAUGCACGAAGAUUCUGCUGCGAUAGUUCCAGAGAAAUCAAUCGUUGAAUCCUCGUCAGUGAUAAGAAACGAGCCUACAUUGAUAGCAAACGAUAUAUCAGUGACGACCAAGAGCACCGAUGCUCCAAGCAAUAUCGUUUCUUCGAAAAUAAAUGAGGAAGAGUCAAUGAAACGACCAAUGCUCGAGAAAAUUCCAAAAAGCCAUUCAGUUUCCACUGGAACCUCUCCUCCUCCUCAGAACAUUUCCACUCAAACGUACGACUAUCCUCCAGCAAGAAGUAGCGCUGGAUUCGUAAGAGCUGCAUCCACCUCAAAGGGAUUAUUAUAUUAUGAAGACAGCGACGCGGAGGAUGCCGAGCGUCUGUUUCAGGAACAAACUAGAUUCGCCAAUAGUCCAGAUCUGUAUCCGCAAACGAUUCAGGAGCAGUAUCUUCAGCAGUUGAUCAGCGGUCCCAGCAGAGAUCGUACACGAAGAAAUUCCGUCGACUCCACCCACCUUUAUUACCGUUCCAGGGAAUCGAGCCAACCAAGAUUCUUCGAAGCUGGCCCAAGUUCACAGGGAAUUUCAACGUUGACACGACAAGGUUUGGAGAUCGUGGAGCUUCUAAGGGAAGCCGAGAAGCACGGUUAUUCCACGGAUGAUGUUCAGGUGGCCUUGUCACAGGGUGCAAGUAGCCCGAUCGACUGGCUGAAGACGCAGUGGCCCCAUUUGGUGGAAACUGUACAAGUUUUAGUUACUACUCAGGGAAAAGAACUGAAGGAAAACAAUAUCGGGAUGCUUUCCGCCAUCGAGGCGAAAGAGGCCUUGAGAGCUACAAAGGGAGACGUUUGGAACGCUGUCGCCAUGGCUGUUCAACGUAGACAGCUAAAAUGCGAGGAAAUUAUGAAGAAAGGCAACUUCGCAAUGGCGGAAGUGGUGAAAUCAUUGGAAAAUAAUUCUGGUGCCGAGGACGCGGCUUUGUUCGAGCUGCAAAAGAAUCAGCUCAAGCCGUUCUUGAUGAGAAUCUGGGGUCCUCCGGUUGGGGUGGAAAACGAUGAGGCUGCACCGCGGGAAGAUACAGCAGGUGCGGUCGGUGGUGGAACGGGAGGUUCCGAACAGGUUACCAACGUGUCGGACGCUGAAGCCAGGAAGCAGGUAAUGUCACCAAUCGUAGAAAAUUUCGUCGCGUUGCAGGCCGACUUUCAAAAGCAACUGGCAGCCCUCAGACAACUGACCGAUAACUGGCAACAUGACAAAGACCCCCUGAAUACGUUCGGUAAUAAGCCUGAUAAUCUGUAUCAAGUUAACACUGACGAUCGAAUCGUUCUAAUCGAUAAAAAUCUGGUCCCAAGGGCCGUACAAGACCUCGAUGUAGCCAGCACUCUUAAAACAGUGGAGAACGAGGAACCAAAACGAACCAAUCAAGACGAUACUAAAUUAAUAAGAAUUAAUCAGACUGAUACGUCCAUUAUAACUGAAAAACAAGACCAAAAUAACAAUUCCACUAUAAAGGUGAUUAAAGAACAAGUUCAGAAUCUAUCAGAAAAUUUAUUAAACCAGAAUCAGAUCAACGUUGAAAAAAAAUUAACGAUAGAAAAAAUUUCACAUACGAAAGAAAAUGAAAAAAUUCGAUCGGACGAGUUGCAAAAAGAAAAUAUCGAUGUAACUAAACCCACAUUACCUGAGGAUAUUGAUCCAGCUGCUGUACCUAAGGACAACGACCCAAACAUCUGUAUUUCGAUAAAUUUAAUUGAGAAAGACAUCCCUAAUCAAUCAGAAAAUUUGUUAAAGGAGAAUCCGAGUGAACAAAAGAUAAAAGAGAUCUCAGUUCCUGAUACAAAAGAAGGUAGAAGCGUAGAUGAAGAAGUUAGUGUCUCGUCUUCCAGUAUAGUAGAAGAAUCAUUGUAUAAAGCAGAAGCCAAAACGAGCGAUGUAACCAGGUCGAAAAAGAAUGUAAAGCAAACGGUGGAGAUGAGUUUGAAAGUAGCUGAGGUAAAGGGCGAGGAAGGUGGUUCACGCGUAAAAGAAAGCGAAACGACGUCUCAAAAGAUUUCAGACGCCGGUCAAAGCAGCCAAGGAAUAGAUAAAGCUUCUUCGUCGCGUUCGGAGAAAAACGAAUCGCCAUCCCAAAAGCCUUCUGAUCCUCAUCAAAGAGCUGUGCAAGUAGAUAAAGGCUCUCCUUCAGUGGAGAAUGUCUCUUUGCGAUCUAACGUAUCGGAUCACGGUUUACCCGAAAGUGUAUCGAAGACGUCCGAAUCGGCUCGAGGUUCUUCGCAAACUGGAAUCGAACGAGCCGACUUAAUAAACCAAAUGUUGGAACAAGGCAAAGAGUCCCUUCAAAAGGCAACAACUUCUACAGAAUUAAUUAAGAGUUUUAAAAAUUCCGGCGAAAACGGAGACGCGGAGAUUUCAGAGAAUAUCGACGUAACGAGUAAAGAAACGACGGGACCAUUGGAUAAAUUAAGGCCUAUAAAGGAAGAUACGAAAGUAGAAUCGGGCAACGUUAUCGAACAAGCGCAAUCACCGAUAAUUACGGCUGAGAAUGGCUCGACAGAUCAAAGUUCUGAAAACGUCUCGCCGGAAGCUCGUCCAGAAGGCAACGAGACGCAAGUAGCCACCGUGGAGGCACUGUUAUCUGCCGUGAAAUCGCUGCCAGAGCAAUUACUGGGCCCUUUCAUAUCGGCAAUGCAAAUGCUGUCGUCGAAGAAAUCGAGCAACGAGACCGAUCGAGCGAACGUUCUCGAAGUUGUAACAGAAGAUCAGAAUUCCACGUCUUUUCAAGCUUCCAGCGAAACUGGGUUUGGCAAGAAUGAAAAUGUACCUCUGGGAAGCGUCGAAAAUGCAGAGGAGCUUGUAUCGGAUGUAGCCGAAACUGUAACAACCGAAACGACCGCGACUGACAUCGAAAAGCUACAUGAUCUCGAAACGGUACGUAAAAACGAAAAAAGCGAUAAUAUUUCGCAUACUAGCGCAGGAGGAGCGACAAUGGAGGUGAAAUUUAACGGGAAUCGGGUCCCAGGAGACACGAUAACACUGUUGCAAAGUGGAGAGAAACCUGAAACAACGAUAACUAAAGUAAGUUCGCCAGAAGCCGCGAAUAAUAUUAACAGCGAUGAAAAGCUAGACAAGGUACCUAAUUCUGAGCAGUUAUCAGGUCCAGUACACGAAAUCACCAGUGAUAGAUCAAAGGUAUCUUCGGUAGAAGUCGAUUCAUCUCAUCGUUAUCAUCUCGACGCGAAUCCGGAAAUCCAUACAUGGAACGAUCCACCUAUUCAUGAACGAUCAUCGUCAAAGGAAGCUGGCAACUCUUCCGUGACCGGCAUCAAAGAUCCUCGACUUAACAAUGCAUCUUUGAACAGCGAAUCACUCAUAAGCGAUAGCUCGAUGAGACACAACGGGACCAUUGGCGCACAAUCAUUAUCGGACAAGAUAUCAUCCUCGGUCGCAUGUGACUCGGGAACGUGUGAAUCAUCCGACAUGCAAACGUCUAUCAUCGAGACUCGACCUAGCGAUGAUAACCGCGUGAAAUUAAUUGAUGGCAGUUUGAUGACUGACAAUAGAAGAUCUGAGGAUGUUAUGUCUGAUCGUAGAUCGCAUGAUAAUAAUCAUACUAAUUCGGUCGUGACCCAGGUAGCAGCAUCUUCUCAGUUAAUUAACUUUGAAAAUAAUUCUGUAGAUUACAAAGUUUCCGAAAAUUCUAAAAUUGAAUCGCAGAAAAUUUCUGAGGAUAAUCUUGUUAGAAAUUCUGAGUGUAAAAUUUUGGAAGAUUCGAAAAUUGCUCGAGAUGAAUUUUCUAAGGAAAGUGGAGUUGCUAUUCGAGAUUCUUCAAAAGAUUCUAAAAUAGCUCAGGAAAUUUCUGCAGAUCCUAAGAGUGUUGUAACUUCCAAAGAUUCCAAGAUCGAUGAAAUUCCUAGUGAUCCUAAAUCCUCUGAAAUUUCGAUGGAUUCUGGUAUCGUCACACAUGAUGUAUCGGAAAAUAGAACCUUUACUGAAGAAAUUUUUGAAAAUUCUAAAAACAUUAUACCUAAUACUCCGAAAAAUCCUGCAUCUAUAAUCUUUGAAGUUUUAAAGGGUUUUAUAUCUACUUCAAAUGAAGUAUCCAAUGAUCCCAAAAUUCUUAUUCAGGAAGCUUCUUCGGAUUCGAAAACUGAUCUUCACGUAGCUUCUUCAGACUUCAAACUUAUUAUCCAUGAAGCUUCAGAAGAUCCUAAAGCUAGUUCGAAAAAAAUGUCUAAUGAUUCCAAAAUUACCAUUCAUGAAGUUCCAAAAAAUCCUAAAUCUAGUUCAGAUGAAACAUCUAUCGAAUCCAAAAUUCUUAUUCAAGAAUCUUCGAAAGACCUGAAAAUUGUUGACGAAACUUCUUCAAGUUCUAAUAUUAUUGUCCAUGAAGUUUUAGAAGAUUCUAAACUUAGUUCACAUGAAAUAUCUACUGAUUCCAAGAUACUUACCCAAAAAGCUUCGAAAGAUACGAAAGCUGUUAUUGAAGAAGCAUUUUCAGAUCCCAAAGUUGCUAACCAUGAAAUUUCAGAAGAUUCCAAAUCUAGUUCAAAGGAAAUAUCCAAUAAUUCCAAAAUACUUAGCCAAAAUGCUUCGAAAGAUUUGAAAACAGUUGUUGAGAAAGCAUCCUCAGAUCCCAACAUUGCUAACCAUGAAGUUUCAGAAAGCGAUGUUCCCAAAUGGCCAUACACUAAUACUCCCAAAUCAACCCAAGAAUCCAAGGUUCAAGAAAUUCCUAACAAACCAACAACAAUCGUACACGAAACUUCGAAAGCAGUUUUGCAUGUGUCUGAAAAAGUAGAGCAGUCUAUCUCUGUCGCAUGUCACAUUCCCCAGAGCAACGACAAAAUCGAUACUUCGCCAAUAACUUCAGCAAGUAAGUCUGUCGACUCUAAAGAAACUCGCGAACAAAUUAAUAUUCAUUUAAAACCUGUCAAAGACGAUCACCCUCUAUCGGUAUCUCCUACAAAAAAUAACGAUGUAACAAAAGACUCUUUGAUAGAGAUAAAAAAAAAUUCUUCGACGAUCGUGGAACGAAAUAAUUCAAACAAAUCGAUGGAAACAAUCGAUGCGAACAACGAGUCAAAAAUAGAAAAGAAUGGCCAAGAAAUAUUUUCUGGCUCUAUUUCGAACAAGGUCGAGGCGAAUACAGCUUGCGAAGCAAUAGCGAAUAUCGAACCGGCAAUAGUAACUAUCUCGAGUGACCCUCGUAUUUCCGGUUCCUCGUUGACCUCGCAUUCUUUGGACACCGAAUCUGCCGUUAACAAGCUAAAUUCUACGGAUACUAACAACAUUCCUAAGAACCUCGUUGUUCCUAAUAACGAUAUGUCGUAUAAUGCAUCGAACUCGAACGAAGAAAGUCAAGUUGUCGAGCUAAAUCUGACCGAUACGAAUCUCGAAACUUACAUCGUUCCUAACGUGCUUGGAAACGUUAACGAAUUUUCCAGUUCGAUUCCCUGCAACGAUGAAAGUAUCACGAAGGAUUCGAACAAUAACGCGUCCCAUUUAUAUCCUCCAAGCUCGAGUGAAAUCGAAGGGAAUGAAAGGCAAGAAGAUAAGAAAGCAGAUGCUGCGUUAUUUAUUAAAGAUUCUGUAAAUAUAUUAAAAUUCGAAUUAAGCGUUAAUUCCAAUAAUAAAAAUCCAGAGACUGAGUGUUCGAUCGUCGAUAAUAUUAACGAUGUUCCUCCAGGAGUACCUGAAACUAUAGAGAUUAAAAUCAUGGAAUCUCCCAUGUUAGCGGUGAACGAUUGUGCGCCAAUAAAGGUUCUAGAAAGUCCAUCAGAGAACGAAGUAAAACCGAUUGAGACGGCGAAAUUGCAAACAGAAAGCGCGACCGAAGCACGCAAGAUCGUGACGAUUUCGGGAGAAAGCGCGGUAGACGUUGAAAAUAAUGAAGUAGAUGCAAAUGAAGUUGAUAAGACGGUUACCUCGAGAGUUGCAGUCAAGGAGAGAUCCAAAUCUCCUGCCAAAAAGGUCGGCAGAAGGAGGUCUCCCGUGAAAGUCGUUAAAAAAUCUACCGGCAUACCGAGAAGGAAUUUUGGAAAAGUUAGCCCGAGAGGCGCAACGAUUGCAAAGGCGAAAGAUGCCGCGGCUGAAGUAACUCGAAGAUCGACUUUGUCGAACCAAAGGAGAAGUCCAGGAAAAACAAUCGCAAAAGUCAUAAAGAUCGUUCCAUCGAACAGUUUGAUAAAUAAAACAAAAUCAGCAGCUAAUACUAGACAGAAGCAAGUUUCAAAAGGUUCCAAAUCGACGGAGAAGAAAGUGAUUCCGGAAAGGAAAUCGACAAUCUUGAGUACGUUGUCCAAAGGUUGUGAACAAAUUAAAAAAUCAAUUAUGAAUGCACAGACUAACGAUAAAAAUAGUGGAAUGACGGCUAAAAAAUCUUCGAAAGGGAACGGCACGUUAAAACAUUCUUUCCUUUCGAGGAUUCCCGUAUUCACAGCGAGACGUCGACUUCCACAAGUGCAAGAGACUCCAAAAAGUUCUCAGCAAUCUCUGAAAGCGGCAUCCGGUGACGAGUUAACUAGCACCUCGGCGAAAUCAUCGAUUACCCAACAAACAGCAAGGAAAAGUAGUUCGUCCGAAAGCGCUUCGAAGAUCAGAGCAGAGCGAAAAAUUGAGCCGGAUAAAGUCGGAAAUUUAAAUGACAAAAAGACGCUAAUGGUAAAAACUGCAAUCACUCGGGCGAAGACUUGCGAAAGGAGCGAAAAAACGAAGUCAGCGAUGGCAUCGGAGAAAAAUGACGAGGAAAUAGACGCGACUGGGUCCAACGAAGAUCAAACGAUAUCUAAGAAAUUGGAUUUAAAUGAUACCACUUCCAGCGAUGAAUACGAGCUGGAGGAAGUUUCUGAUAAUGACUCUUCCACUUCCGACUUCGAGAGCGCAACGGAAUCUGAAAUAUCAGAAACGGGGAAGCAGCUUUCCGAUCGUACGUCGGACAGCAUCGAAGAGUUAACCGAUGCUGAAAUCAUGCUACAGGAAACAAUCAACGCGAUAAAAGCAAAAAUAUCCGACUCUGAAUUCGAAGAUUCUGAAAAUGAAUACAUAACUGAUAAUGACAGCCAAGAAGAUUCUAAUUCCAGUGAAACUCGCGUGAACGUGAAAGACUCUUCUUUCGAAGAAGAAGAAGAAGAAGAAGAAGAAGGAAUAGAAGUAGUGGAACAAACAGAUAAUAAAGAACUAAACUAUAUUUCGUCUGAGGAGGACGAAACUCUGAGAGCUGAUAGCACUGACGUAAAGGACCAACGAAAGCAAAUGACAAAUUCAGACAACAAUACCAAAGAGACAUUAAAAAAUACCACUUCUAAAACUCAUUCCAUUAAAAAACCAAAAGAACAGUUAAUACCACUAAAGAACAGCACAGACGCAAUUAAGGAUAAGCCUGGUAAACUAAAGGGGAAACUUGAGAUGAACGAUAACUCUGGUAAAAACGGACAGAAUAAGACAGAUCCUAAGACUGAGGUAACGAAAGCGAGACGUACGAGCGACAAGCGAGUGAAAGCGAGUCGUAGAGCGAGCACAGGCUGUGAUAGAGGGGUAGAUCAGGGAGGAACAUCGAAGAAACGAUUCUCCUUGGUGGCCAGUUGUAUCCGUCGGUUCGAGGGCGAAGAAAAUACGGAACGGGAAUACGUGGAAAGUAGAAGCGGCAACUUGAAGACAGGGGGAUCUCCCAAAACGGAGAGGGAGAGAAUUGCUCGACGUCUCUUAGCAGAAGGAAAAGCGUCGAACUACGAUGAGGCGGAAGUGGCCGCUAGUUUGCUGGCCUUGAAAUUUGGAGACGUCGAGGCUCUUCAUGCGGCUAAAGAGUGUUCCAGCGUAGAAUCGGCAUUGGCUUUCUUGCAACAAGAAUGCGAACUUUGUACAGGUCGCUUUGCGAUGAGUCAGAUAGUGUCCAUGCUGAAAUGCGUGCACCGUUGCUGCAACGAGUGCGCGAAGAACUACUUCACCAUCCAAAUCAGCGACAGAAAUAUCACGGACGCAGUUUGUCCAUUUUGUAAGGAGCCAAACCUAAAAGACGCCAACGAAGACGAGGUGUUAGAAUAUUUCAGUAACCUGGACAUACAAUUGAAAACACUUCUAGAUCCUCCGAUUCAUGAACUCUUCCAAAGAAAGCUGAGAGACAGAACAUUAAUGCAAGAUCCAAACUUUAAGUGGUGCAUUCAGUGUUCAAGCGGAUUUUACGCGGAUCCGGAUCAGAAGAGAUUAAUAUGUCCCGAUUGUCGAUCAGUCACGUGUGCACUGUGUCGAAGACCGUGGGAGAAACAGCACGAAGGAAUUACGUGCGAGCAAUUUGCUGCUUGGAAAGACGAGAAUGACCCGGAUAAUCAAGCCGCUGGCUUAGCCAAGCACCUCGCGGAUAAUGGGAUAGAUUGUCCUAAAUGCAAAUUUCGCUACUCCUUGUCUAGGGGAGGUUGUAUGCAUUUUACAUGUAGCCAGUGCAAGUACGAAUUCUGCUGCGGUUGCGGAAAGGCAUUCAUGAUGGGAGCAAAAUGCUCGGUCAGUCAGUAUUGCGCGAAACUGGGCCUUCACGCACACCAUCCACGAAACUGUCUGUUCUAUCUUCGAGAUAAGGAGCCCAUGCAGUUGCAACAGCUGUUAAGAGAUAAUGGAAUCGAGUACGACACAGAGGGUCCGGCUGGCGAGCGCAAGUGCAAAGUGCAAUUGCAGAAAGAAACUCCCACCGGUGUUGUAGAUGCGGUAUGCAAUUCAGAUGUCGUUGUGGGACACGCUGGCUUGUGCAGGAUCCACUAUAUCGAAUACCUAGUUCGAAAGAUCCGGGAGACCCAACUGGAACCGCUUCCCUUGUUAAACGUAGACGAUCUCGAGACUUGCGUGAAACGUGCGGGGAUCAAAUUGCCCCCGAAUUGGCAGCACUACAUUGAGUACUUGGCGGGCCUGGUACUGAAGGGCAAGCUGGAUCCCGUGGCGAUCUUUGACUUGAACGAUGCCAAGCAAGAGCUGCGCCGUCGGGGAAAAGUUCCCCCUGCGAAGGACCAGGAAAUGUCCGAGCGGGAUUAUCUCGAGGCGUGCAUUCAGGUUGUACGGAAGGAGAUUCCGCUGGAGUGAUAAAUGGGUAAUAAUUAAUGAACGACAUUACGUGAGUUCCGCUUCUAAUACAUCAUGUAUAGUGUAUUUAUUUUAUCAUAUGGACAGUGAUGUAGAGAACAAUUAUUGACGAUUAAAGUAAACAAAGAUUGAAAAUUGUUUAGUAUUUAAUGUAUAAAAGUAAUCAGUCUUUUAGUAUAGAACUUGAAAACUAAAAUAUCAAUUUUUUUAUUCUUCUCGCUAUCUUCUUUUUUUGGUUUAUGUAUAAAAGGGUUACAGAUGUUUUUUAUGUAAUAAACGUGAAUUUGUGUUUAUAGAAAA